UACUCAAAUCAAUGAUUUGAAAUAAUUAAAUAAUAAAUUGUUGUAUAAAAUCAUCUUCCAUAAAAUAAUCAUUGUACAUUAUUUAAUUAGAUUAUACAUAUUACUUACGUUACACACUUACACAAUAUACAAUACAAUCAAAAGUUUAAGUUAACUUUGUUAGAUGUCCCUGUUUUCAACGAUUAUAUAAUAAUAAUUUUAAAAAAAUUGGUAGUCUUGAUAAAUAUAAUAAAUAAUUAUUUAUUUAUUAAAUAAAUGAUUUUUUUAAUCUGAUUAACCUAUUGGAAUUUUACUUAAAAUAUUGCAAAAUAAAUCGUAAUUAUGACUACUCCAUCAUCUACAACCAGUCAAAAACAUAAAGCAUUCUCUGGGGAGCCUAUGCGAGACAAACCAGUUGAAGAUCUUGCUGGUAUUGGACCUGUAUUAGCAAACAGAUUAAAAGAACAAGGAUUUAACAAAGCUUACAACGUAUUGGGUCAAUUUCUUCUUUUAGAAAUGGAUCAAGAAUUAUUCUGUGACUGGUUAAAAGAUACAGUGAAAGCUAACUCAAAACAAUCAAAAGAUUGCCAUGCAUGCUUAAAAGCAUGGUGUGAUGAAUUUUUGUAGAUAGUUUUUGUAUUUUGUAAUAAUAAUUCUUAAUUCUAA